ACAUAAAAUUAAAAAAAGCAAACAGAUGAUAUGGAAAAUGUAAUCAGAAUUGGUUUUAGUUGCUUGAUCAAAGAGAAUUUAAACACUUGUGCUUGAUAGAUGAUAAAUAAUAGCAUCAGCUGAUACCUAAUAAUUCUAUAUUUUAUUGAAUAAUUGAUCACACAUCUGAUAAAUAUGCAUGUUGCCAAGAACACUGAAGCACAACGCAAUAACCCAUGCCUGAAGGAACAAGAGCAGUCUUACUAUUGCCUAAAUAAAAAUGGCUACGAUCAGGAAAAAUGCGAGCUUUAUUUUGAUAACUACAACACUUGUAAAAAGUUUUGGGGUAAAGUAGCAAGGGAUCGGAAGAUAAAGGGUAUAACCCCAUAUCUUCCCGAUGUAGCAGACAGGGAACAAGUAAAAAAGGAAUAUUUGAAACAUUACCUCAAAGUAAGCCAACAAUAAGAUAUAUAACAUACAAUUGUUUUUAUAUUUAACCUUCAUUACAUAUUUUAAAAAUAGCAUUUAUUACAACUGGAUCUAUGGAGUUUUGCUGUUGAGAAUAUUUUUUUAAAGUUCUUAUCAUGUCUGUAAAUUAGUUAUUUAUAUAGUUAAUAUAGUUAUAAAUUCAAUAUAAUAA